UCUCUUCGGGACCACACAUUGCAUCCUUAUGAUUCUUGAGGCAUUUAUAAGCUAGUGGCAAUUAUUUUAUAUAUGAAUAAUUCCUCCCACAGAUAAUUGUCCUUUUUUGCCAGCGAGUGUCGGCACCACGUGUCAAUGCGAGCGAGCAGGUCGAAUGCGCCGCCAGCUGAUGUCCUCCAACGUCAAAACAUUCGCGUCGCAACUCCGGGAUUUGACUCAUGAGUGUCGUGGGCCUUCACUCACGCUUGAUUCACGCUCGCCUUUCCUCGUGAGAGCAGCUGCUGGACGGAGACCAGGGCCAGCUGGAAAUUCAGAGGGAGAUUCAAGGAAAGGAGGGUUUAAUUGAAACACACAAAAUGAAUGGCUCCAGUACACAAACCUUUGCUCAGAGUGGGGCCUUGCUGAGAGAUCGCAAGCAGAAGACUUUCAAGAUCAUUGUCAUUGGCGACAGCAGUGUGGGGAAGACAUGUCUCACUUUCAGAUUCUGUGGAGGACAUUUCCCUGAUAGAACAGAAGCAACUAUUGGGGUAGAUUUCCGCGAAAGAAAAUUAAAGAUUGAUGGAGAGGAUAUCGUGCUCCAGUUGUGGGACACUGCUGGCCAGGAGAGAUUCCGAAGAUCGAUGGUCCAGCACUAUUACCGUAACGUCCAUGCAGUUGUCUUCGUGUAUGAUGUCACCAGAAUGGCCUCAUUUAUGUCAUUGCCGUCCUGGAUUGAAGAAUGCAAUCACCACAGCCUCAGCUACAACAUACCGCGGAUUCUUGUUGGCAACAAGUGUGACUGCAAGGACCACCUGGAAGUCCCUACCAACGUGGCACAGAGAUUCGCCGAUCGCCACAGCAUGCCACUCUUUGAAACUUCAGCAAAAAAUGACAAUGAUUGUGAUCAUGUAGAGGCCAUCUUCAUGACUCUCGCCCAUAAGCUGAAAGCCUCCAAACCCAUGAUGCCCAUAGACCCCACGCAGUUUCCCCCAGAAGACAUUCACAGAGCGGAAGUCAUGUCCAUCGGCAGGGAGAGGAACGGGGUGGAAGUGCAGAACUCCAGCUCCUGCUACUGCUGAUACAGAGCUGAACCCGUGUGGUCCAACAAGAACCUUCCAGGCAAAACUGCCCCGCUUAAUUAUCUGGUAUUAUUUAUGAUUAUGUGGAAGUGGCACCAGCAAGGAAGGAUUGUCCCUGCAGGGUUUACAGGACAAACGAGAUCCUUUUGCAGGAGGUAGACCAUGCAAGUAUUUUUCUAUCCCAGCCUGGCAACUUUUUUAUGCCAGUUACUUUUGCUUGCCCCUGAAUUGUGGCCAUUUACACAGGAAAUAUAAAGGUUCAUCACAGUGUAAAGGAUUUUUGAUAUGCAAGAUAAGAUAAGAGGUCACUGUUUUAGAGGGAUCAAGGAAUCCCUCUUCACAGAACAAGCUUUUUUGAGAUAGUUUGUAAUACAUACUAGUUUGAAUUACGAGUAGCAGCCGAAUACACCAAUGGCUUCCUCAAGGUUACUGUACAUGGUAGCACGUUAAACAUAUGAUUUGGAUAGGAAACAAUAUGCAGAAACCCUAGGAUGAUUUUAAGUUUUGCAACCUAAGUUUCCAGAAGCACGAAACUCUCUCUGCCUUCCCAUUCAAUAAAGUUGUCAUGUAGUGAAAGUGUGAAGAUGAAACUUGCAACAUUGUUAAAUUAUAAUAUAUUUAUUAUCGUAAGGUUAUCAGGAUAUUAGAUCUCUUGAAGAUUGUAAAUACAUUCCUCCUAAAGCUCCAGACCAUUUCAUCUUAGGAGUGGGUGAAAUCUAGGUAUUGGUUUUGUUCAAAUUUAAUUAAUUGCUUUCCCCGUGCCUGUAUUUAUCCAUAUAUUAACAAAGGGAAAAUAGAGUUUGUGUUUAAUUAUAAUUAAGGUUCUUGUGUCUGAGAAGUCUAUGUAUAAAAUCAGCUCUAAAAUUCCAAAAUAGAGUGUAUAUGUAAAAUAAUUUUUGCAGCUACUUUGGUAUGUUAAGACUUUUCCCUAGUUUGCAAGUGAAAGUCAACUAUAACACACAUUUUUCUUAGUGAUCUGAAUGUGUCCUAUGAGUUAAUAGGUGUUUAUAACGAUUAAUUUGUGCAAUAUGUGAUAUUGAGAAAAUGCAGUAAUUUAUAGGAUAUAUUAUUUAUUAUUGUUCAGAUUUGUUUGGGAAUCAUGUUCAUCAUAUAGCAAAUCUACCGUUUCUGAUUUUUUCCACUCAUUAUUCCAAGUAAAAUAAAAAAUAGUGCCUAUUUCUUGGUUUAUGUGUGUGUUAAAGGACAUUGAUAGCUGCUCUUCUAUGCAAGGAAAUUUCAAUCAUGUUAAACUGUGCACUUUGAUUCAGGGAUUUUUUUUUUGUCUCUUUUUUUUUUCUUUCUUUCUUUCUUUUUUUCAGUAGUGACAAGUGGGCAGCCAUGCUAUACUAAAUUUCAUCAACUCAUAGGAAAACUACCUUUAAGAGAUAUUUUUGUUGCGUAAAUAAAUCCAAAAAUUGGGAAAAUAAAAAGCUUUUUGUAUAGCAAAACAAAAGGUGAUCUUUUGUAGUGGACUAGGUAUGCUUUUUUUUUUUUCUUUUUUUUUUUACUUCAUAAGAAAUAUAAGAGUGUGAACAUGUUAAGUGACAAGAAUUUUGCACAAGUACAGACUUCUUGAAUAUCCAGAGUUUAGACAGUUAUUGCUGAUUUGAUUGAAAACUACCAUCUAGUGAUAUUUGUUAAUGUUGCAUAUCUCCUAUAACCUUGUUGGUAGGUAUGUCCAUGAGUUUAUUUUUAUACUUAUUUAUUUUUUCACUUUUGGGGGGGAAAUGUGUGACAUGGUCUGGUUGAAGUGUUGCUUGAAGAAAGUUUCAUAUUGAGUUAAAGGAUAUUAUGAAGUUCUGAGUCAUAGGGAUAUGUAGUUCUUCUGAACAAUGCUCAUGUUUUGAUAUUCCAGAAGUUUUGUAACUUUGUCUCUCAAGAGACAGUGGUAAUGUGAUUUUUCAGAUUAGACUAAGUGUUUGUGUUCCCUUCAUCAACCCAUUAUCAUCAAGAUUGCAUUUCUGCCAUGAACUAUGCCUGGGUGGUCUUCACAAUGCAUAUCUCAGCUUGUACAACAAACUGGAGCAAUUUUACAUGGCACUGAAACUUUUGUAAUGAGUUCAUGUUAAUACAUGUUGUGUUCUCAUGCUACAGUGAGACGAGUUGGCAAGUCACAAGGAUAAUGGUUGCAGUGCCAUGGUGUAGCUUCUGCUCUUAUGGCAACAAAUGGGUCAGGUUCCCCUCUGCAUCCUCUCUGGAAGGGGAUUAUCAUAUAUGAAAGGAAGAGUAUACUGUAAAUACACAAAGACAUUAAUAUUAUUAUUCAGAUUUUUCAUAAUCUUGUCAUAUUAGUGAAUAUGUAAUCUUUUAGUUUUUGGAGUCUUCAGUUUCCUGUAUUCAUUUAAUUUCUAAUAGCUAUUUUUAUAUAAAACUAUACUGUGAGGAAGUCUGCUGCAGUGAGUCCCAUUUUUGUAUUGCUUUGGCUUGGAAGUUGUAAAGAGACUGUCAUAAUAUUUUGCAUUUUUUUUGUAUGCAGAGUGUGCUGAAGAAGUUGUCAUCCUUUCUCACCUGUGGCACAGGAUGCAACAGCAUUGAUCUCUUCUUCAGCAAAGAUAUGGUCAUUGUAGAGAUGUUCUCUGGGCCAAUCCUGGGGCAUAUAUCAGGGAUAACUAGGAGGAUUUUACUUGUGCUUUUGAUAUGAUCUCGAAUGGACGUUGAAAGUUUUGUUGGAGUCCGGAUAUAGUAUUGGUUGAUGGAUUUUGUUUUUCUUUUAUGUAUUUCACAUAUAUCAGUGUCUUCCAGUCUUUUGACAACACAGUGGCAUUCAUUAAAAUUAUUAGAAAUAUAUAUUAUAAUUUAUUUUAAGGUUAUGUAGCCUCUUAAUCAUUUGAAUGAUUUAUAGAUGUGUCACUCUUAGUUUGCCUUCUUUGCUGCUGAGAAAUUAAAUUAAGGGCAAGACCUGUUUGAUAGCCAGGGGCCCUCCCACACCAAAGAGCUUUACAAGUGUUAACCCCUUAGAUCUGAGUGCUUUUGCCGACCACAUGUAGCUCAAAAUCCAGGCAAUAGGCUUAUUGGAGUUGCCACUUGAGUUGCCUACUGGCUUGCAGGCCAGGUGCACACGAAUUCUCAUGGGCGAUAUCAAGACUCCAUGCCUACCCCCUAUAAUGUUAGUAUCUCUUUUCUACAUAAGCAUUUUUAGUUUCUUUUUUCCAUUUUUUAAUGUCUAUAUUUAUUUGAUAUUCUGUAUCCUUUGCACAGACUCCAUAUCAUUUUUCUAGGUAGUCCAUAAAUUAGUGCACGACUAACAACGAUAAGUAACAUUGUAUUUAUUUAUUUAUUUUCUUUAUAUUGUUAAUUAAUAUUUUUUUUUAUAAAUUUUCUGCAAGGAGGAAUAGGAUCCUGAGCAUGGAAAGUGUGCUCCCUUGGAGCCAGUGCUCCUCCAGUCAUGGCUCAUGGAUGGUACAUUCCACGCUUGUUUAUUGAUGAAAAUAAUGCGAGCCCCUUCCUAAAUGUCCACUAAAUCUAAUCACCCUCCAAGAGCUCUGUCCACUCAGCGUGAGUCCUUUCCUUUACCCUGGCCUUCAGCCGAAUUUUUCCAUUACAGCAUGUUCACAUCACCUGCCCCUCAAGCCAAAUCUUUUUCAUACGGCUAUGGUCACAUCACCCGGAUCAUAGGGGUUUCAUAACAUUCUCCAUUCAGAUUGUUAUUCUCAUUCAUUUCCUUAUGAUAACAUCAAAGGUACCCACAUUCAGCUUAAAAUUCUUCCAUGUUCACAGAAAUUGCAUAGUAAAUAGGGCUUGAUUAUUAAUUUGUCUGAGAAUCUCCCAGUGUUAGAGACAAGUAACAGUAAGUCAGGAGAUAAAUUGAGAUCAUAGAUGACAGGAGACCCCUGCUAGGGUAGCUCCAGAUGUGAAUUGUGCAGGUAGAUGGUUCAGUAUAUGGAAUAUGGAUUAAUGCUGGUAGCCGCUGGACAUAUAGACAUAGCAGCAGCUGUAUAAAAACUGGUGAAUUAUGAACACAUGGAAGUUUGUUUCUGACUGCAAUGGUUAGUGGUAUGACCAUCUGUAUUUGCAAACCAUUUAAAUGCUUAGAAUUUCAAAAAGAUAGGUAUUAAUGUUUGGCAAAUGUAAAAUGCAGUGAAUGACGAAUAGGAUUCAUUAUGACUUAUGUUUGAAACCUCAAAGAAAGAUGCGUUUUAAAGUAGAUAUGUUAAGCAA